UGGAAGAGAUCUUAUUAUGGCAACAACACAGAAACACAAGGACGACGAGGAAGAGGCUCAGAUCCCUAAAACAGAGUUUGAACGGUCUUCUGAAGUUGAGUCAGACAAAACCCCAGAGAGAUCCACAACCAAACGUGACAAACAAGUUACAUCCAAGAAAAAGCCGAAUCUGACAAGGGAAGAGAAGACAAUAAAGGAUAGUUACUUUUAUUGCUGUGAGAAUUUCUAUAGCCUUCCAGAGAUGAUCAAUUACAUGAAGGUGCAUCACGGUUUGCCAAAGACCACUGUGACCAAUGUUUUCAGGGAACUUUUAACCGGUCGCAAUGGUGAAGCUUAUCUGAGAGUUUCACAGAGAGUUUCACAGAGAAGAUCUCUCGAGAGGAGUAAUAAUGGUACAAGUGGUAGUGUAGGUUCUUCUUCGACUAAGUAAUGCUAGUAACUUUACUUUUUUAGAUUAU